UUCCCCAGCUUUGGGUGGUGGCCGCUGCUGGGCUUCGGCUUCCCGUUGGAGGAGGGCGAGGCGGCGUGGACAGCGGCCCCAGCACCCCACGCCCCGCCGCCUGCAGCCGCGCGCCCUGAGCCCACCGCGCCCUGAGCCCGCCGCUUCCCUCCUCAGCCCCCGGCCGCCGCUGCCGUGGCCCCCCCUGAGCGGCCCAGAUGCAGGCCAUCAAGUGUGUGGUGGUGGGAGACGGAGCUGUAGGUAAAACUUGCCUGCUGAUCAGUUAUACUACCAAUGCAUUUCCCGGAGAAUAUAUCCCCACUGUCUUUGACAACUAUUCUGCCAAUGUUAUGGUAGAUGGAAAACCGGUGAAUCUGGGCUUAUGGGAUACUGCUGGACAAGAAGAUUAUGACAGAUUACGUCCCCUCUCCUACCUGCAGACAGACGUCUUCUUAAUUUGCUUCUCUCUUGUGAGUCCUGCGUCAUUUGAGAAUGUUCGUGCAAAGUGGUACCCUGAAGUUCGACAACACUGUCCCAACACUCCCAUCAUCCUGGUGGGGACCAAGCUUGAUCUUAGGGAUGAUAAAGACACGAUUGAGAAACUGAAGGAGAAGAAGCUGACACCCAUCACCUACCCGCAGGGUUUAGCCAUGGCCAAGGAGAUCGGUGCUGUAAAAUACCUGGAGUACUCAGCUCUCACACAGCGAGGCCUCAAGACAGUGUUCGAUGAAGCUAUCCAAGCCAUUCUCUGCCCACCGCCCGUCAAGAAGAGGAAGAGAAAAUGCCUGCUGCUGUAAAUGUCUGGGCCUCGCCCUGGCCCUGGCCCUGCGAACCUUUGUAUGCUUUGCUCAAAAAACGAUGGAGCCUUCGCACUCAAUGCCAAGUUUUUGUUACAAAUUAGCUUUUCCAUAAAACCAUUUUGAACCAA